AUGUGCGACAACCUCGCUUUGUGGUGUCCUCAGUGCACAACACCAGAGCAGCGGGCGGCGGGCCUGUGUAAAACACAUUGGGAUUCCCCCGAGUGCGCAUUCUGUUACAGGACCGAGGACUCCGCCACCAAGGAACCGCUGCAGGUGUCCAUGAUCGAAUGCGGAACAGAGAGCUGCACCAAAGUCGUGAGGAGCUGCUCUGUGUGCUCGUCGCAUUUCAAGAAGAGCGCGGCGCUGUGCGACGUGUGCUGGAAGGCAGCUGGCUCCAAGUGCAUCGGAUGCUGUGUCAAACCAGCCCAGACCUCCAGGGUAUAUCAGCACUUUUGCCGGAAAUGCUUCGGGGAGGAGAGGCUGGCAGACCUCGUCCGCGACGAGAGCAGGAAGUUCCUCGCCGACGAGCCGCGACCGCAGAGGCUCGACGACGACGUCGCCCGAUCCGCACCCGCUUUGCAGGUACUCCUCGCUCUGGCAAAGCCCGAGCCCGGGUCCUUGCCGAAGUACGCGGAGACGCCCGAGUACCUGGACCCGAACCAUUGCCGCUUCUGCAAGCAACCGUGGGGUGGCUCCGACGACGACGACAAGCGACGGCAUCUGCUCGAGGAGUGCAGGCUUGAUCUCCAUCAACGAGACGGCGAAGACAUUCUCCAGACGUACCGGAGGUCAGUGCUCGAACGGGCGCGCGCAGAGGGCCUGGGCGCGGUCAGUCCGCAGGUGGGCAGGUUUUGCGUGGCGCAGUGCAAGAAUGCGCAGACGGACGAACGCUACGUCCAUGAUGCCUGUGCCGUCUGCUGUCGAAAGACGCCCAAGUGCGACUUGAAUCGAGUUCACAUCCCAUCGUCGAGCAGCGACAAGUGCCCGGAGUGGUUAUCGUGGUCCGAAGAGUUUUGGAAUGAGAACAAGGAGGCGUGGUACGAGCAGGUCGACAAGCUCCUCAGCAUUGAACAGUACUUGAAAAAGUUUUUCAAGGUGUCUGAGCGAGCCCAGGAAGCGCGAGAGAGCGUGGAGGCGUGCAGCCGCGGGGAGCCGCACGAGCUCGGGUUCACGAAGGUGGAGGACGCAAAGAACUGGGUCGACCGCGGCAGCGGCGGAGAUCUUCGCGUGAGCAUGUGCAAGGAGUGCGCCGAAGCAUUGUCGAACACGCACACAGACAGCCGCGGGCGGUGCCGCCCGCGGCUGCGCAUGCCCAGCGAGGCUCUCGCGAAUGGCAUGUGGCGUGGUCCUGACCCGGAAGAGCUGACGAACUUAACGUACACCGAGUGCAAAGUGAUCAACCUGGCGAGGGUGUACGUCAGCGCGAAGCGCGUGUUGUUGGACAGGGCGUCUUUCGCCAGGCCGAGUGCCGACGAGGCGCCGCGCUAUCACCAGAAGAACGUUGUUGCGUACCCGCAGAGCCCCGACGCGGCUCUGACUGCCAUCGGUCUGUCGCCGAUGGCCCUGGCGCACACUCUGAUCGUCCAGUUCGUGGGAAGCCGCGCUGACGGUAUCUGGCAUCAUCCUGACUUGCAAGUUUCCGUGGCGCGACUUCGAGCAGCAUUUCGUUGGUUGUGCUCCAACAGCUGGAACCACAUGGAAGCCACGCGACACCAUGCCGCAUGUGCGGAUUCUGGCUUACUCCACGAGUCGAUCGAGGAGUUGCUGGACGCGUACGCGACGAGCGUUGGUGGAUCCUCGGGCGUUCCGCGCGAGCUCGUCGACUCGGCGACGUCGAUCAGCGGCUCGAGAGCUUCGGUGCAGUCUAAAGGACCAGCUGACUGCACGGAAGAAGGUGAACGCGACGCGGAGGAGAACGGGCCCGAGGAGGCGGAAAACGCCGCCGUCGUUAACGGCGGUUUAGCAGACGUCGACUCCCUCCAGCUGUGGACACAGGUCAUCAAAAACUUCAAGGCGGCACAGCGGUUUACAGAGGAAUUGGCAGCUCUAGACCCCGCCGACUUAUCUGCUCGCGCCGAGAAGAAGAGAAUGCACGGUGUGAGCAUGGCCCAGGCCAUCGAAGACCUGGAGAAGCUGUCGAAUGAGAAGAUGCGAAAACGUUUGGAAGAGUGGGCGCGGUCGGAGACCGACGACAGGGCGCCCUUGAAGAUCACGCACGAGACCACGUUCUUGUCUGCUCGCACGCCGAAUUUUUGGGCGUCCUGCUUCGACCUGGAGUUCGUCGCAUCCGUGGUCAACAUCUUUAUGCGUCGAGAUCAAAUGAGUAAGGUGGAAGCGUGCAUGAGGGAGACGCCCGGCGGCGGCUUCAUGGGCAUAACUCCCGAUGAGAUGCAAAGGGUGAACGAGAUCACAGCGGAAGGUUUGGUUGCCGCCGCGAUCGCGAUGGGAGGUGAUGCGAAGGGCAUGAGCGAUCUUCUGAGGAAUAAAAAGUUGACCCAACCAGUCCGCACAGCCGCUGAAAAAAUGCAGGCCGUGUCCCGGAAAGUGCGUGGAUCUGCCGAAGAGCGGGACUCGUACAGGUGGAAUUUUCGAGCUCUUCAGAUAAACUCGGGCUGCUCGACUUUGUUCUUUACGCUGAAUCCCCACGACAUUCGCAGUCCGCUAACGGUGCUGCUGGUGCAGGACGGCACGGAGAUGCAGAGGCGAUUCUCCCUGGACAUGAGCGACAAGGAGGCGGAAGACUGGAUGAAAAAAUUUCAAGCAGAGCACCCUCGUCUUCUCCACCGCCGCGUGGCGCAAGACCCUUACUAUGCCCAACAUGUUUUCCACUCGACCGUCAAAGACGUGUUGCGCUAUAUAUUCAACUGCGCCGAUGGACCUUCGAACCUGCCUCCGGAUGGCAUCGCGGCGAGCGAGGUGCCGGGUGUAUUCGGGUACGUACGCUCCUAUCUCGGGGUUGUUGAGGAACAGAUGCGGAAGGCGCUGCACAUACACAUGCUCGUGCAGAUUCUUGGCUUCUCGCAUCCCGACGAUAUCUUCAAGAAGAACUCUUUCCUCGACGAAUUUAAGCGUCUCUACUACUAUCACGCCUCAGUCAUGUUCCGCAGCCAGGAAGCCGUAGCGCAUCAUUUCGCCGUUCCUAAGGCGAUGAGAACCACCGCCGGGCUGCCGUUGUUCCCGGUGACUCUGAAGCAGCGGAGCAUGAUCGGCAGCGCUCGCGUUGAGGAGAGCAACCUCGCGCAGACCGUGGCGCGCGGACUCGACGUGCCGCCUGCUCUAUCCAGGAGCGUGCCUGAGUAUCCCUUCUUCGUGGGUUCGUAUCACGGCGACGAGAACGUGUCCGGUAGCGACUGGGGCAGCCGCGCUGUUGUUGAGAUUUUUUCAAGGAGUCGCAAGACGGGCAACCACGUGUGCAAGCCGUCCGUCUGUCACAAGGGGCGUCUCGGAAAGCGUGGUUUUUGCCGCAUGUUCUAUUGGCAUCUCGUGAAGGUGGAGGACCCGAAGACGGGGCGCCUCGUCGCCAAACGACAGCAUGGCUUGCAGCUGCAUCCUCGAUGGGAUGGCGUUGGGCCUCCGCCGAUUCUAGGGUAUCCACACGUUGGGUUGCCGGCUCUGGAGACGACGCACCAGUGGCACUUCAAGCUUUCCUACCCGAUCAUUCUCGGCCCGCAGUGCAAUCACGACAUCCAAGUGCUCCCGCGGUUGUGCGCUCUGAAGAGCAGCAGCCCAGACGCCGUGCCCGAUGAGGCAGAGGGACUCGUGCUGACUCUUGCAGUCUCGCUCCAUCAGAAAGAGCAAGACGCGAAGGAGGCUGCUGGCCGCGGCGACGAGCCUGAGAACGUGCACGAGAAGGCGAAGCGGAUUCUCCACAGGCUGUUGUCGGCGACGAACAACAGGAUGCACAAAGGGUUUCCAGAGAUGCUCAGUUACCUGCUUGAGGAGCCGACCCUGUACUCUAGCCACGAGUUCGUUACCGUCUUGACGCCAGGCCUCAGCAUGCUGAUCUCGAAAAGGUUGAGCGAGGUCGCAACCGGUGCAGAGACGAGUGGACCCUCCACUGCCGCGCGUCCGUACUCUACGAAACUCUACCGAAGGCCGUUCCUGACGGAGUACGAUUACCUCUACCGCCCCGACGAGCUGGAGGAUUUCCCAUUGUACUUUUUCUUCGCGGCUUGCGAAGCUCGGCAAGCUCGCCCUGACGGACAUCGCCCCGUGAACACUCUGGCGUGGCACGUCGCGGCCGACGGUAAGCGUCAGUUCUCUGCAGAAAAGCUAUACAGCCGGGAGCACGAAAAAGUGCCUCUGCGCGGAGAUCCUUCGGAGCAUCACCCCCUCGGGCCUGAGCUAUACAAGUACGCGUACUACGUGACCGUCCGCUUGAGCAUCGCGUGGCGGAUACCUGUUCUUCGCGGAUUUCUCCCUCCGUGCCCGGAGGCAAAGAAAGACGGAGAUGACGAAGCUAAGAGAUUAGAAGACGAGGUUAAGUACGCGGUGUACGUGCAACUGCUCUUUCGACCUUUCCGAACAGUGGAGGACGUGCUGCGUCGCGCCCCGCCCGCGCCGUGGACGCACAUACCUGCGGAGUACUACGGCGCAUUUUUGAAUGAGUUCGAGGAUUGGCGCAGCACUCAGGAGUCCAUCGCUUCUCGAGCACGUAGUGAUACGCCACCUCUCAGCAAGGAAUGGUGGGCUUGUCGCGUGUGUGAAUGCCUGAGGAAUUACGACCUCGUCGCAAAGCGCCACGUAUCGGUUGUUGAUCGUGUGCCGACAGGGGACGCUCUCCGUGGUUAUCCCGACGCUGCUGCCGAUAUCGAUGGCCCCGAUCCGAACAGGGCCGACGACGAGGAGAUGUUGAUGGAGUCCGAUUCGGACGAGAGUCGCGGCGAUGCUGCGAUGGAGGACGAUGCCCCCAGUGAUGCGGCAGCUCGUCGCGCGUCGGGUCGCGAAGCAGAUCCAGUCAGCCAGCUUUGCGGAACCGUGGAGAUUGACUUGAACGAACUGGUCAACUCGGAUACUCUGGCGAAAAGCAGAUCCAACGAGGCAAAAUAUCUCCGUGGCUUUAUCGAAGAGGAAAAGAAGUGCGUUUCGGGGCGCACAGCUGCCGCUGACGGCGACGGUGCGUUCCAAGAGUGCUCGUUGUCAGCACGAAAGUCGCUCAUCGUCUCUGACAUGCAGCAGAAAUUUUUCAAGAUCGUCAACGAGGGCGAGGAUAAUGUCGAGAUGGUCAGGAAAGUCGAGAAGACGAAGUCAGAUGUGCUACAGCAACGCAUCGACGCGGCGAUGGCGAGUAUUCCCGUAGCACUUGAGCGCAAGGUGCCCUUGUUGGCCCGUAAGUCAUCGACGUCUGUUGUAGAGGCUGCGCUGUUCUUGUUGAGCCAAAAGGUUCUCGACAUCCCUGAUGUGGGCGGUAUCAACGUGAAGCAGGCGCGGGCGCUUCUGUGGAAUGCGUUGUGGCUGCAAGACGUGAUGAAUCGGGAAUGGUCCCUGGACGACCCGUCCGGAUCGCAGUGCUCUUCGAGCUCCUCUUUGGCGGACGGCUUUCGGCUCGCGCUCACGGGCCCUGGCGGCACCGGUAAAACUGCGGUGCUCCGCGUUACGGUCCGCAUCAGGGAAGCGAAGGAUGACAGGAAACCCUUCGGGGGCCUCGGUAUGAUUCUUUCUGGAGACUUUUUGCAGUUGCCCCCCGUGGAUCCAGGAGACGCGCAGAAGAGUUUAGCGACUCCUCUGAAGGAGACUGGCGCCCUGGACGCGGCCCCUGAGAACCCCGACGCAAAGGAUCAGGACGUGAAGCGAAAGAAGCUCGCCGAUGCCGCUCAGGGGGUUCAGUUGUGGCAACGGGUACGGCAUGUCGUGUGCCUUGACGUGAACAUUCGCGCCCCGGGUAAGCUCAGCAAGUUACUCGCGGAGAUGCGAGACGGCAAGGGUAUCUCUUCCGAGUGUUGGCAGAUGUACCUGGAUCGCAUCAUGGAGCGGAACGACCAGAGACUUUCCGAGGGGAGUUCCCCUUUCAGUAAAUACGACUGGCAGUUCAUUGUUCAUCGCCACAAGAUCCGCGUGCAUCGCUCGCUCGUGAACGCCAAGGCAGCUACGUCUUGUGGGCAUAAGCCGCUAUUCAUCGUACAGGCCAGGGAUGAGGCGGUGCAUUCGAAAGAUGAUCGCAAAAUGCCACACGUCAGGGAAGAGCUUUUGCGCAGAGCGUCGCCCCGAGACACUCAAAGCUUGCCAGGCAUACUUCCACUGUACGUCGGGAUGCGGUUGACGUUCCAGGAGAAGGACGGGGUGUUCUGGAAAUGA